AUGGGAGAUUGGACAAAAGCUUUCUUGAAACAGUUUCAUUAUCCUCUAGAGAAGAGGAGUGCUUGGUUCAGGCUUAAGUAUCCGUAUAUAGCAAUCGGUGCUUUAGCACCCUCCGCUCAUACUCUUCAGUUUGAUAAGAUUAUUCGUCUUGAAGCUUCUAUGAGACCGUUUCGCAGGAUUUCAAGGGAUCUUCACUCUGUCACUUCAGCCUCAAGGUGGCUAGAGUCAGCCUUUAUCGAUACAGCAAUGGUUAAUUGUCCAACUCCAUCAAAUUCCAUGGCUCCACUGCCUGCUUAUCCGGUGGAGGAGUCUGCAAGAUCAUUGAAGACGGAGAAGCCAGCAAACUUGAUCGUGCAUUUGCAGCUGCAAACUAUUCAGAUUCAGAGAAUUGCUUCGAUAUUGAAAACCAAACUGAUCCUCAUGGAUUCAUUCAAUGGUUGGGAUUGGCAGACCUAA